UGACAGAUUCCACAUGAUAUUAAUCGAUCCUGUGUUGACAUGUGUUUAUUUAAUUUAACAUAUUACACGACGAGGAACGAUUAAAAAUGAACGACUUUGAGAAAGAAGAAGCUUUAAAUUUGCAAAAAGAAUUUGAGUGGGUUCUCCACAAGGAAGUACACGCAGCUUUACAACAAAUUCAUCAAGUCUUAGUGGAAUGUGCGCAACGAUUUCCCGUUCAACUUUAUGGAAAAGAUAAUUCUAAUAAACAGGAUCGAUUUACAUUUAAUGUUGCACCAGAUCUACUUAAAUGUUCAGCAGUUUUAACUGGUGAUAGUAUUACACAUGCUGAGAUUCAUAUAAAAGCUUUAAGAUUGGGCCAAGUUGUUAAAGCAUCUAUACAAGGAGAACAUCCUUGGAAGUUGCAACAAGUUCAAGAUGCUGCAAACCAUCUUCAACAAGCGAUUUAUCAUAUUGAUGAUGUUGGUAAAAAUUAUAAAUUUAAAUCAUCUGAUGAGGUUUUACACAUCUUGGGGAACAUUUUGGGUAGCUUACAAAGGGGGAGAACAAGUCUUAUUGUCCCAAGGAAGAAAACUAUUGAUGAUUUAAUAAAAAGCAGAAAUAUGAAAUCAUUAGCUCCAAAUUUACCGGAAGAUUUGGCUAUAAGCUUUUAUAUUCAAAGUCACAAAUUAAUUUUGGCAUCUUACCAGAUUUAUUCAGUACAAGGAGUUAUGAAAUACGAUUGCAGCCAUGCUGAAUGUACUGUAUCUUGGUUAAAUGAAGUUUUAGUUCUUUUUACUGUAGGGUUGCAGCUUUGUCAGCAACUAAAAGAUAAAAUUUGUGUAUUUUCUCAGUAUAAAGAUUUCACAGUUGGGUCUAGACCCAAUUCUCCUAUUCCAGCAUAAUCUCGUUGUUAAAGCUUUAUCUCUAUGGAUGCGUUUGUGUUGAUGUUUUUAAAUUUAUUUAAAUAAGGUGUUUAUGUGCUAACCACUAGCAGAUUCUAUGAAUUUGUUAUAGAUGUAUUAGAUGCAAGUAUUGAUAAUGUAUGACAUAAAAUAAAUAGUUUAAGUUUGA